AUGCUCUUCUUUCAUAGACGGUCGAGGGCAACCAAACCUCGACCAUGGCUCCUCGAGCUUCGAUCCUCAACGUGGUUCAUCACCAUCACGGUAGCGACAGCGAUUUUCACCGACAUCUUCCUCUAUGCAGUCAUCGUACCCGUCUUUCCGUUUCAGCUAGCUGAUCGCGUCGGCGUCGCUAAAGAGGAUGUCCAGUACUGGUUGUCGAUAUUAUUGUCAACAUAUAGUGCUGCUUUGCUUGUGUCAGCUCCUAUGUUUGGAUGGUUGAGUGACAGGAUUGAUGAGCGAAAGAAUGUUCUGCUUGCUGGCUUGAUCGUCCUUUGUGGAGCCACUGUCAUGCUCUGUCUCGCGGUGAACUUGCCAUUGCUUAUCGUUGGUCGACUGCUUCAAGGUGCAUCAGCUGGUGUGGUCUGGGUAACAGGUCUUGCUCUUCUUGCAGAUACUGUCGGCAAGGAACAUGCCGGCCAAGCUAUGGGAUAUGUAGGUCUGGCUUAUUCGGCAGCGGCACUGAUCGCACCGUUGUUAGGUGGUGUGGUCUAUGCACAAGCGGGGUAUUACGCUGUCUUCGCGAUGUGUUUUGGCAUGAUUGGGCUCGAUAUCGUGCUGCGACUGCUGUUGAUUGAGAAGAAAGUGGCCAAAAGAUGGCUGAUUGUGGACAAUGUUGAACCAGGUCAACACGGUGGAGCACGCCUUGAACCUAUCGAACCACAAAGCCCUACUGCAGCGAAAGAUAUGUCAGUGCCUGAUACUGAAGCUCAAGUGCCUGAUCAACAAGGUACAACAAACACUAUCGCCAAGAAACUCCCUCCAAUGCUCAUUUUACUGAAAUCGAAGAGAAUGCAAGCAACUUUCUGGGCAUGUGCAGUCACAGCAUUGACGCUUACUGUUUUCGAUGUCACUCUUCCACUCUUCGUGGAACAAACCUUUCAUUGGUCGUCAGUGGGAGCCGGUGUGAUAUUUCUUGCACUGCUUCUGCCGUCAUUCUUUCAACCACUAUUUGGAUGGAUGGUCGACAAACAUGGCCCGAAAUGGAUGGCAGGCAUCGGCUUGCUGGUUUGCAUUGUCCCCUACAUUUGCCUGAGGUUCGUCGACCACAACUCAAUGAGUCAGAAGGUGCUUCUUUGUGCCCUUCUGUUCAUCAUUGGUAUUGGAGUUUGUCUAGCGCUAGCUGCGACCAUGACUGAGUUCACAGUCAUCUGUAUGGAAAAAGAGCAAAGACAGCCUGGCUCUAUGGGCAGAGGUGGUGCAUAUGCACAAUCUUACAGCCUCUUCAAUGUUUCAUGGGCUCUUGGAAGCUUGGUCGGAGCUUAUUGGGCUGGUGGUGUCAAGCAAGCCGCAGGAUGGGGUACGAUGGGUUGGAGUUUAGCAAUACUUUGUGCUGUUGUAAGCGUGCCUACCUUCAUUUAUGUAGGAGGUAGUCUCUUCAAGAAGAACAAGAACGAGCAUACUGUCGCGGACUCGGCUUAG